AUGGACACUUCACAGGAAAAGCAAUCUUCCUCAGUGACUCAACGCAACCACUUUCAGUGUUCCUAUUGCCAGCGAACCUUUGGACGCGUCGACCAUCUCACACGUCACAUUCGAUCUCACUUGCAGGAUAGACCGUUUCGAUGUGAGGUGUGCGACAAGGCAUUCGGACGACAAGAUCUGCUCAAACGCCAUGCAACAUGUCACGACCCCAGUGAGCCUGGAAGCAAGCGACAGAAGCGUGCCUCAGCUCUCGCACCUCGAGUCUCCCAAGCAUGCAAAGCAUGUGCGGCAUCUAAACUCAAGUGCGACGAGGACGCCUCUUGCAAGCGCUGUGUCACUAAAGGCAUCCACUGUGAACGGGAAGCGCGGAGUAUCGUUGUUGGAGAGAAGCGUAUCACGCAAGCCAGAUCAGAAACGACGGACGAGCAAAUCCAGCCAUUAUCAAUCCUUGAGCAGCCCAAUCACUUACCUUUUCUUGAGCAUGACUUUUCAACCUUCUUACGGGGCGUCAUGACACCGACACAUGGAGACCCUGGCCGUUCAAUUGAGCAAAUCGAUUGGACUAGUAUUGACCCUGCAUAUGAUCCGCUUCAAUCUCACGGUCUGUUAGACUUCAGAGCUGAUAGUGACAUGAGGUUUGACGAUGUUGCCAUGGGCCUCGGAGAUUUACCGUGCAGCCCUUCAUUCUAUUAUAAUGGAAUCUCGCUAGAACCCAAAUCUUCUGUCGUUAUUCCCGCACAACCCCAGAAACUUGACUCUGAUGGUCGACCUCUUGCACUAGGCCAUGCAGCCUACAAGGAAUCUGCGCUGGGCAUGUGGGAGCCUACUCAGCGGGAUCAUAUUAACUCGAAUACCAAGGCUCUCUCCGUCCUUGGGGAGAGUCCACAUGAUCCCAUAAUCUUGUCAGGUCUCGAUGAGAACCCCUCUCAACAAUUCAGCCCGCUUCAUAGCAGCCUCAGAGACCAGAUGUUGCUGCUGACGCUGAAUGCUUGCAAACCUGAGAGCAAGCUCGCCAUAAUCCGAGCAUUUCCCACCCCCGAGAUAUUAUCCAAGCUCAUCCAGAGCUUCUUUACUCAUCACCGGAACCAACCCGACUCUUUCAUUCAUGGUCCUUCGUUUGAACCCAAUGAGCAAGGCCCCGAGUUCAUCUUGGCUCUCGUCAACAUUGCAACCACAUUCGCCGACUCCAAGAUCCUGCAUUCACUAGGAUUCUCUCUUCAUGAGGUGGUGCGUGUAUCGCUGCCCAAGAUGUUUGAGCAAGCCAACUCAUUGACGAGAGCUCUGGACGCUUUGCAGGCUUUUGUCCUUGAUAUUGAGAUGGGGCUGUGGAGCGGUCUUAAGAGGAAGAUGGAGAUUGCAGAGAGCCAGCGCCAGAUGCCAUACACGAUGUUACGACGAGGUGGUAAAUUUGGCAGAGCUGAUCAAUCCGCUUCUCCUCCGCUGCCAGAGGAUGUGGGUGAUGUUUUGCAAAAGAAGUGGCUAGCUUGGAUUGAACAAGAGAGCUGUAACCGACUAGUAUACCAUACAUUCAUCAUGGACACCCAAGUCAGUAUCGGCAUGUCAACCCAGCCGUUGUUAUCCUUUUCCGAGUUCAAGACGCCAAUGCCUGAGUCAAGAGAUUUGUGGCUUGCCCCGAAUGCGGAAGCGUGGAAGGCCCAGUACCUGAGAAAAGAACGUGACGAAAACAGGCUGAGCCUGCUGUUAUAUCUUCGAGAGUCUGCCGAGAUUGACGACACGUAUGACAUCUCCUUCUGUCGGUUGAUCAUACUCUGUGGGAUCUGGGGCAUGAUUUGGCAAGGUCUCCAGACGGAGGCCGUGCUGGGCAAGCCAAAACACUCUGAUGCAGCAUCCAAGCUUCGGCACCAAGAGAUAUUGCAGACCCUCAAAUGCUUUGUCUUGAACAUGCCGGAAGAGGAAACACCCUCACAUGAUGCGUCAUCUACACUACUGUACGAGCUAGUCCAGAUGCACCUGCACAUGCCAUUUGAAGAGGUUGAACUCUUCGCAGGCAAGGGAGACCAGAAUGAUGCACGCCACGCACUACCCUUGCUCUCGGACUGGGCUAGCAGCGAGGAGGCGAGGAAGGCCAUCUGGCAUGCUGGCCAGGUCCUCCGAGCAGCAGAGCAAUUCGCACCAGCCCAGCUUCGAGGAUUCUAUACUAUUGCCCUCUACCAAGCCAACCUAACCCUGUGGGCUUACGCGGUAGUCUUGCAAGUCAAUGGUGUUGACAGGGAGCAAUCGUUACAGCCAACGGGCGCAGCUGUCUGUCUGAAUGGGCCCGACUCGCCGACCAUACAGAGGUUUAUUAGUCGCGGGAAACUAGCCAUGGUUUCGAUCAGACCCAAUUCUGCGCAAAGCGACGACGUGUCUAUCUCACUGAUGGACCAAGAAGCGGUUGUUGACAAUGUUGUUGGGAUUUUGGGGGCCAACUUUGCACACUGCGAGGCUCUUCCGCCUCUGGUCGAGAAUCUUCAACAGCUGCUCGGCAAUCUCGGCCGGGCCGCGACAAGCAUCCGAGACUACCGCGCAGCUUGA